GAAACCAAUUAGAAACUAGUAAGAAACUGCAGAAACUUCAAAACCUUAAAUCAUUUCACUACAAACAAAUCAAGAUUUCACUUCCAUAACAAAAACUGAUCAAAGAAGACAACCUUUUCCCGAACCCAUCUCCCAAAACAUUAAAAGAACCCUAAAAGAAUGAGACAGAAUAAUAAUAAACACAACCCAACAACAAGAACUAUAAGGAGCAGUUUUUGUAGUAUUAAACUAAAGUAAAGUGAAUUUUUUGAAUAUUAAAAAGGGAAAGAAAUGAAAACAAAAAGUGAAGAAAAGGAGGAAAAGUUGAGGAGAUGUGUUUUGGUAGGGAAAAAGGUGGGACCAUUUUCUUGCACUCCAGUUAGACUUUGGAGGAGUCAUGUUCUUUAUUAUUCUUCAUCACCUACUGCGCAUUUUAGCCUCACUGCCAACACUCAACAGGAGGAGCCUGCUUCUAAUAAUAACAUCACUGCAAGAAAGCUAGCUGCUGUUCUUUGGGAGUUUCAGCAUUAUCCACCUCUUUCUAAGAUGCACAGGGGUGCGCAUAUUACCAAUGGUAACCAUACCAAUGGUGGUGGAGGUGGUGGUGGUGGUGGGGAUGCUAGGUUGCGCCGCCACCAGAACCACCGCCAUCACCAUCUUUUUAAGGACAAGGGUAUCGACCUUUCUCAAUUCUUGGGUGAUCCUUCAGCUAGCUCUAUGGACCAGCCAGAGAGUGCAGGUAGUUUGAGGAGACACAUUGCUGCAUCACUGAUUCAGCAUCAUAGAGCAAUUGAAAGAAGUAAUCGUGCUCUGCAGCCUGUAUCUCCGGCUAGUUAUGGCAGCUCCAUGGAGGUAGCAACUUACAAUCAUGCUGUUACACCCAGCAGCUCAGUAGACUUUAAGGGAAAGAUCGGCGAAUCAAAUUAUAGUCUUAAAACAUCAACAGAGCUUCUAAAAGUAUUAAAUAGAAUCUGGAGUCUUGAAGAGCAACAUGCAUCCAAUAUGUCAUUGAUGAAAGCAUUAAAAACGGAGCUGGAUCAUGCCCGUGUUAGGAUCAAAGAGCUUCUUCGGGAUCAGCAAGCAGAUAGGCAUGAGAUAGAUGAUUUGAUGAAACGAAUUGCAGAAGAUAAGUUAGUUAGGAAGAGUAAAGAACAGGAUCGGCUACAUGCUGCUAUUCAAUCUUUGAGAGAUGAGAUAGAAGAUGAGAGAAAGUUAAGAAAAAGAUCUGAAAGCAUACACAGGAAAUUAGCUCGGGAACUUUCCGAAGUUAAAUCUAAUCUUUCUAAAGCCGUGAAUGAGAUGGAAAAGGAGAGAAAAUCAAGAAGGUUGUUGGAAGAUCUCUGCGAUGAGUUUGCUAGGGGAAUUAAAGACUGUGAACAUGAAUUGCAUGCUGUAAAACCAAAAUGCGACAAGGAUUGGGUUGGGAAGGCUGAUGGAAAUCGUUUAAUCCUCCAUAUAUCUGAAUCAUGGCUGGAUGAGAGGAUGCAGAUGAAGGUAGAAGAAGCACAUCAGGGCUUUGCUGAAAACAAUUCAAUAGUGGACAAAUUUGGCUUUGAAAUAGAGGCCUUCCUUAAAGCUAAGCAAAUGGCCAACUCUAAAAUAAUUGACAAGAAGUUGCGUAGGGAACGCCGAAAUUCGAUGGAAUCUGUCCCUCUAAAUGAGGCUGUAAGUGCACCUCAAGAUAUGGGCGACGAAGAGGAUUCUGCAAGUAGUAGUGAUUCACAUUGUUUCGAGCUUAACAAGCCAAGUAACGGUGAAUAUAAUUUGCAUGCAGAUGAAGCUUUAGAUGAUUAUAUUGAGGAAACAGUCAAAUGUGGUCAAACAAAGAAAAAGGUUGCAUCUCAUGAGAGAGUUAGACGUCAGAAUCCGUCGAGCUUGCAAGUUAAGUUUGAAGAACAGAUGGCUUGGGCAAUGGGAUGCAACGAAAAUGAAAAAUCUGAGGUGGUGAACACAGAAGAGGAAAAAACGGGUGAAGGAAACGCAGCUGAUAUGAGCGCUUCUCGGAAAUCUGAAAACUGUAAUGCUUCUGAAGGCGGCAGUCUUGAAAGAAAGAAAAAGGCAGAUGAUAUUCACGGAUUAAACCCAAACUACGUGAUCGAUAACUUGAUAAGAAGUCAUAUUUCAUCUUCAGAAGCUGCAAAUGUUCAUCUUGAGAAUACUGCAGGGGAAGCUUCGACGAGCUACCCAGGUCGCAGAAAUGCUAGUCCAAUUCGACAGUGGAUGUCGAAACUCACAACUCCAGAUCUCGACACUUCACAAUCUUCUGCGAAAGUACCUUCAACAGUAAAGGAACAUACUUUAAAGGCAAAGCUUCUUGAGGCACGGUCAAAGGGUCAGCGUUCGCGAUUAAAAAUAUUCCGGUCCUCUUAGUCUAUUCAGAAAUAGGCUUAAGAGUUUAAAGACUUUUUUGGCAUACAUGAUUGGCUCUUCUUCCAUAUGGAAUGAUCAAGAAUUCAUGUUUAUUGUGAAUAUUGAGUGACUGCACAAUUUCUUGAUUAUGAAAUGUUGCUACAUCUUCAAAAUACGGCUUUAUUUUCUAUCUUUUGUAUAUGAGUGUAAAACCCCUAUUUUUCUAGCUGCAUGGAUAUGAUAAAUUUUAAGAUGAGCUACAGUUUUUGACUAAUUAUUUGAGGUCUGAAAUCUCCAUAUUUACAUUCA